ACACCUUUUUAUGGUGAUGACAUCAACCACACCAAGGAAAACUUGUGAUUCAGCCACUGUCUUCAUUUACCUUUCUACUGAGAAGAGUAUCUCGUUGGUUGUCAACAAAAAUUACUAUUCUAAUCUUCCUCUACCAUGGUUGUACAUCCUAAACAACUAUACCUAAUUCUUCUUGGUUUUUUUGUGCUCUGUGUGCUUGUCAAUUUGUUUGUGGAAGAGAAGGCUACAGAGGAGAGUAGGAAGCAGAGAGAGGUGCUGUGCAUGCAACAGAACCUCUAUCAGGCUUACACUCAGGCUCUGGAUGUCGUAGCAGGACACUUGGCCUGUGGUCUGAAUGUGCUCUUACAAUAUAUCACACACUUCCUGUGGGCUGCUGGAAUCAAAGUUAGCCUUCCUGUCAACGCAGUGACGCCAGAAGGUGUCAUCUUUGCUGCUCAGUGGAUUCUCCUGCCUCUCAUUUGCUAUAGGAUGAUCACCAGUGCUUUGUUGUUGGUUACCUUAUUUCUGAAGUGGCUGUGGUGGCUGUUGAAAGUGGGAGUAGCUUUGGCCUGUUUUGAACUAAUCCUAAAUGGCUUCAGUGUGGGCAUGAAAGUCACAGCAUUUAGACUGUUGUGCCUAGUGUGUGUCUGCAUCCUGGACAUCAUCCUGAGGAAGGACCUGACCAAGUCUGCUAGACUUGUCCAUCUGGAAGAGUGUGUGAAGCUCUUAGAAAAUCAAAACAGAGAGCUGAAACAAUGGAGAAGAAGAUGUGUUUUUUUGUCCUGUUGUCUGAUUGUUCUUUUAUGUUUUUGCAGUUUUUAUAGUUUAGAGCGUUUAUACUAUCACAUCUAAUUCAAAGACCUUAUCAGUACUAUUUUCUUUGUGGUGUUUUUUGGAAGUUAAUAGUGUUGAUAGAUAGAUAGAUACUUUAUUGAUCCUGAGGGAAAUUCAAGACGAAAAACACAUUAUUUGGAAAAAAACGGACGGAGCUACUGAAAAGCGUGUGUGUGUUGGGGGCAAUAGGUAAAGCAGUGCUUUUUUCAUUUGAAACUACUGCUUAUAUGAUAUUUGUAAAGUACUUGCUGGUAAAUUCUGAACAUUUGUGAUUAUAGAUGUGAUUAUGUUGUUAGCACUGAACAACUGCUGCUCCACUCAUGGAAACUGUUGAUGCUGAUUUUUGAUUUUUUCACUCUUAAUUAUUCCUUAUGUCCGUGUUGGCCAUAAAGGGACCCCUUUCUUUUGUGUUUUCAUUAGAAGUGACGCAGGGCAAAAUUCCGAAUCAGAUUUUCAUAUUAACUUUGGAACAUUUUUUUGCUCAAAAUGAGGACUACUAAAUCAUGUUCAUUGGAAGUGCAUCAGGAGGGGAUCUGUUAACGGCCAGUACGAAGUAUGAACAGGAGGAAGGAUUAUACUGUAGUAUGCAGCUCCUGUUUCCAUGUUCCUGGGCAUCUGACUAUGGUUUCAGGGCAGAACUGAAAACAUGUGAACUUAACUUUUAAUGAUGUCAUGCUACUGCAAUAAAAAGUGAUACUCUACAGGUGUUGAGAUGGAAAUCAGUAGUUUUUCGCUUUUGCGUUUGUGUGUGUCCACAAUUACAUUCAUGAGUUCAACCUUUUUGGAGGCAGCAAGGGAAAGCACUGAUGAAAGUACUGUGCAAGGUUAAUGUCGGACAUUUUAGCAACAGCCAUAUUUGUCUUGGCCCAUAAUUAAUGAACUUCUGCACUGAAUCA